UUUGUGGGCCUGGGCAGCACAAACAUGUCUCCCUUCUCAACCUCAUGUUCCCAUCCAUCUAGGCUUUCUCCAUCCUAUAUGCUCAUGGGCUUGUUUUCUUCAGUGCCGGGAUGCCAUCUUGCCACAGGCUCGCAGGACGAAGAACCCAGACCUUGGGGCUUUCUGCGUGAGGUUGAAUUGAGAAAGCAGAGAGGGGGAAACUGAGGCACACUGGGGUCCCGUGCCAGCUCUCACAGGACCACAGUGGCUCACCGCACCUCAGAAUGUCUCCAGCAUUGCGUUAGGCAAACGAGCUGAGCUUCUCCAUGCCUGAGCAAGAGCCUGCCAUGCAAGAGCCUUUCUCCAGACACCUGCAGCUCCGCCAACAGUGCCAAAAAGGAAGAAGACCAUCUACAAAACUGUUUGCCUCUCCUUCUUGCUGGUGAUCACAGUGACGGUGCUGCAACGGGGAAUGGCCCCCAGUCAGUUCAUGCAGGGCCAGCAGCAGAAAGACCUGCCCACCCCAGAGGCCCUGAAAACGCAGAAGAGGGACAACUCCUUCUCCUUCACCAGCACUUUCUGGAAGAGCAAGAAGGAAAAAGCUCCUGUGAAAGAGGAGAGUGUGAUGGCAAAGCAAGUGAAAUCCUGGGAUGUCACCACUACCAACUGCUCAGCCAACCAGAACUUCAGCAAGGUGGACUGGUUCAAAGGGCUGGAGCCCAACUUCCAGCAGUUCCUCCUCUAUCGGCACUGCCGCUACUUUCCCAUGCUGAUCAACCACCCUGAGAAAUGCAGCGGAGACAUCUACCUGCUCAUCGUGGUCAAGUCUAUCAUUACGCAGCACGACCGCCGUGAGGCCAUCCGGAGGACCUGGGGCCAGGAGAAGGAUGUGGACGGCAAGAGGAUCAGGACGUUGUUCUUGCUGGGCACGGCUUCCAAGGAGGAGGAGAGAGCCAACUACCAGAAACUGCUGGAUUACGAGAACCAUAUCUAUGGGGACAUCUUGCAGUGGGAUUUCCUGGACAGCUUCUUCAACCUCACCCUCAAAGAAGUCCAUUUCCUGAAGUGGCUGAACAUCUACUGUGACAAUGUCCGCUUCAUCUUCAAAGGUGAUGACGAUGUGUUUGUGAGUCCCAGCAACAUCCUGGAGUUCCUGGAGGACAAGAAGGAGGGAGAGGACCUCUUUGUUGGGGAUGUCCUCUACAAGGCCAGGCCGAUCCGGAAGAAGGAGAACAAGUACUACAUCCCCAGCGCCCUCUACAACAAAAGUAACUACCCACCCUAUGCAGGGGGUGGGGGCUUCAUCAUGGAUGGACCCCUAGCCAAGAGGCUGCACAAGACCUCGGAGACACUGGAGCUGUACCCCAUUGACGACGUCUUCCUAGGGAUGUGCUUGGAGAUCCUAAAAGUGUCACCCAUUGGGCACGAGGGCUUCAAAACUUUUGGCAUUGUGAAGAACAAGAACAGCAAGAUGAACAAGGAGCCAUGUUUCUUCCGGAGUAUGUUGGUGGUUCAUAAACUGCUGCCUCCAGAGUUGCUCCAAAUGUGGGACUUGGUCCAUAGUAACUUGACAUGCUCGAGAAAACUCAAUGUCCUUUAGCUCAGUCUCUCUGGAGAGCUGGGACUGGAGGGGCUGGGACAACCCAUCCCUGCUCCAGGAUGGGGUGAGUCUCUGCUGGUGGCACACGAGUCCUCUGCGGGGCAUGUUCCUCUGGGGCAGAGACUGCGCUCGUGGGCAGGGUUUGUGAUGGUGUUUGUUCCUGUACUGUAAUGUGGUUCACUUAUCUCCAGCUGGGUUGGGGGUUGAUGAAAAA